AUGGGAGCGUAAAAUCGUUUAGCGUGAAAUUUGUAAUUUGCUUAGUGGAACUAAAUUAGAAUAUAAAGGGCGCUCGUAUUGUCUGUUGUAUCGUAUUGCGUAUAUAGAAGUUGUUAAAAUAAAAAAACACGGAGAAUUAUACCAAAAUGAUAAGAGAGCGAGAAGAAGAGAGAGGGAACGAAAGCGAGAACAGAUAAGCACGCAGAAACAGACUAAUAUGUAAUAAGGACAACAACAACAAAAACAACCUAGGUAAAAGGAUGACGAUAGUGUAAGGAUUAAACCAAAACACAAGAAGAGCAAAAAAAACACUAAAUAAUAGGAAAAAUGCGAAGGGAAAACGAUUCCGGUCGCGAUAAGCUAUUAGUGCUGAUGCGAGCGAACUAAAGAAAGCUGCAGAAUAAGUGCAACACCCAACUGACAAAAUUUUCACAGUCGGUUUUGUGUCUUGGGUAUUCACGUACUUCCAAAGACUCUCGCAAACACACACACAGACGUAGAAUUAAACGAUGUAAAACUAAAACAAAAAAUGUGUUCUGUUGCAUGGCGAGAGUUAAACCUUUGGUUAUGUGGAUUAUGUAAGAAAACUUAGAAUGUAUAAGAGAAAAAACUUACCCCAUGCAACUUGAAACAUGAAAGACGGAAAAAGAAGGAAAAAUAACGCACACAACAGGCAGUCACAACGGUAGAAUAGAGAAUAAAAUAAAUUUGAUAAUUGAAUCAUACUUAGCUAAUUAAAAAAUUUGGUAGCUCCUAGAACAUGAUUAGAGAAAGGGAGGGAUUUAUAGGGACACUAGUAAUAAAUAAGAGAAAAAGAUGGAGAAAAUAACCCAGAAAACGAAAGAUCCAUUGUGUGCGUGUGUGUGUGUGUAUGAGUGUAUGAGAGAGAGAGAUGCAGCGUAAAAUUGUGUGUAUGUGUUUACAUAGUAGGUUUGACAGGAACCGGAUAACGAGAAGAUAGUUCUAAUUAUCAUAGAAGCAGAAAAAAACCCAAAACAAACCAUUAUCAUUCGAAUUUCCACUGUAGCCAUAUAAUUGCGAAACAAACACGAUUAUACAACAGUGUGAGCGUUUUUCGAGCAAAAACACUCACCUGAGGAAGGUAGAAACGGCCACGUUCAAGCUGCACGUUUCUAAGUGCGAGAGCCUAGAUAUGAGGGACGCGUAGCGUCCCAGUACCCAGUUGACAAGAUCAUAUCUUCUUCUGUACAGUGCGGUUGUGUUGGUAGGAUCUUAAGGAGAGAAGGACUUCGGACUCGCAGAAUCGCUGAAUAUAGUUCCGGUUUUGACAGCUGUAGGAAAAUUAUUACCAUUCAUCCGCAUUUUGGUCACCAGCCAAAAAUUAAACAACUCAACAGCUUCUACAUUCCUUUGCAAUCGUUGACACUACAACAACAACAAAAACCACUGACAGUGAGCUAGAUUGUUUCAGCUAUAUGCAAACCUGUUUGCGUUUAUGCGUGUUUAUUUUAUGCACUACCACCAACUGACAUUGUGUGCGUGUGUGUGUGUGUGUGUGUGUGAGUGAAUCCGUUUUUUUGAAAAGCGCCUAGUGUGUGCCGCUCACUAUGACAACACUAGCGCCAUGCUUGCUCAAUAUCUCAAUUUUGAAAGCUUCUUUAAGCUGCCGAUGCUAGUGCACCUUAACACCGCGUCAAUAUCAGCGCACCAAACAAAACGAGACCUAUCCACAAUAGGCACGCCAACUAAACGAUGCCAAUACUACUCUUGUCUCUGUUUCAAGUACCUGAGCGGAACCGGCGUAUCGACUCACGACCCCUUGGCUGCGUCCAAUCGUCUUCAAGUAUGGAUGCCCCGCUUAAGGGGUGCCCGGGAAAUUGACAGGAAGGCGUUAUGCGCACCUUGGGGGGACAGGGAUUUAUAGAGGAUACCUUUACAAGAGCAGAGGGACAUGAAUGGUGUAUGGAAUUUACCUUAUCACGAAACCGUAAUAGAGGAAACGUGCACAAACAUGAACAAAAUGACAGUUAAUAAGAAAAAAAAAUAACACGACAACUGUCCAGGUUAGAGGGGGAAAAAGAGAGAGAAAAACUGAUUAAUGGCAGAGGACGAGUCAAAAAUUCACCUGUACGUCAGAUAUACAAUAUCUCAAAGACCUCGCUCUCUUUCUCUAGUGUUUCCCUUUUCUAUGUGUUUUCCCCUCAUUUUUCUCUUCUCUUUGCUUGUUUUGUUUUUUUUUGCUCUAGAUUUUAUUCUUUAGCACUUCUUUCGAUUCAUUCUAUAGUUUCUGUAAUUAUUAUAUUCUACCUGUCUUGUAAUUUUUCUUUUUUUAUUCUCAGAUUCUCAGACACAUCAUUAGAGAAACAAAUACCUUGUUUGUAAAAAUAAAUGAAAAAUUAAUUUAAUAAUCACAUUUCAUUUAAAACAACAGGAAACAAAGGGAAAAGAACAAAGAUUAGAGAAAGACAUGAAACCAGGUAACAGAGGCAAGAACAAACCACAACAUCCUAGCAAAGCUUUUCGGGCAAAUGUCAAUUUUUUAUACCAACACACACACACAUACACACACACACACACACACACACACACACACACAGAACACCCACACAGCCAGAUUGUCAAACGUCAAAACGUAAGCUGAGUAAUUUUUCCCAAACCUGUUUAUGAAUGUCAAUAAAUAGUUCACUAGUAAAAUAAACACACACCCAUACACUAAUGUUCUAUGCUCUAACAAUGAACGAAUGACACGGAAAAACGCUCUAACAGUAGAGUAACAUCUGCUGACGUUUCCCGUUGCUCAGUGACAUUGGGGUGUACCGUUUAGCUGUCUUAUUUGAAUGUGUCAAACUGUGUGAAUCACUUUACCGUGCCCGCUAUUGCUAAAACUUCGCAUUUGUGUAACGUUCCUUGCGAGUGUCGAAUUUGAAUUUGAAUUCGAAGUUUGAAGCUUUUUGUCGCUCACGCCUACCGGAUGAACGUUGGAACGUUGAGUUGAGUUAAGCAACAGCUGCUGUAAUCUUGUAUACAUACACAUACGAGAGCAAAAGCAAAUCCUGUGAGAUAGCGGACACCGUACUGCGUACGGUGAACGCUGUCCUUAUAAAAAAUGCUAAUAAUGUCAAAUGUUAAAGUGCCAGCCACACCUUUACAUGCAUCGGCUGUGUGUUGCCUCAGCCGUAUUGACCGUUUGUUGUCGAAACGAACGAGGUAAACGAAGAAGCAACAGCAACAAAAAAGCAAGCAAAACAAGUAACUCACACACAAGCAAAGCAAACGAAGAAACAGCAAAACCGAACAAAACAACAGUAAAGAUAGUUUAUUAACAAAACAAACAAAAACAAAUAAACGCUUCACUAGAGUAAUAAAGAAGGUUCAAGCGGAGAGUAAAAUGCAGGAGAUGCGUACUGAAACAAUAAGCAUAAAUUACAUUACAAAACAACGUAAAUUCAAUAUAUCAAUUGAGGCGAAGCUCCUUGUCCACAUUCCUUGCUCAUCCUCCCAUGUUCCUUCACCAGACACCGCGAGAAGAAAAUGCCCGCAGAAACGUAAAGAAUUGAAAAAAUGAAACUCUUUUUUUUUCGAAAUGCGAAAAAAAACAACAACAGUAGGAAUAAUUAAGCGCAAGCACAUGCGAAGAUGUUAGUGACCGAUGAAUCAGAAACGAGAAGCAGAGGUGUGACGGACAGGAGUGCGUUACGCGGACGGACUAGCUAACGCACACGACCAUACCAUCAGUUAAUAAAUGAAUGAAUGAACACAGCUAAUGAACUCUUAUAUAAUAAAUCAAAAUAGAAUAAUUCAUCCAGUCAUUAUAUAGAAUGCGUAAAUAUAGAAGCAAAAAAGGGAGAGCAAAAACGAGAAAAGAAGAAACAACACACAUACACGUCGUACACAAGCAAGAAGAAGAAAAUGAAGGGUGAGGGAAAAAUUGUCGUAAACGUUAUUCUAAAUUUAUUGUACAUAUUUGUCACUAGCGUCACUAGUUAACUAGGAUAUAAGAAGAAAACAAAACAAAACAAGAAAAAAAAUAUAGUGCUGCAGUGAGGCAACCUUACGUUUAAAAUGGGGCGCUAGAGCGAAAAGAAACCAAAACCAACUAAACAAAAGAAUGAACUCAUGCUAACACCGAACUUAUUGGCGUUGUAAUGAUGAACGUAGUAAUGGACACAUUGUUGGAAGGGAUAAUAGAUUACUAAUGCAUGGAAAUAAUUAACACAUUCAUCAUUAACACAUACACACAAACAGAAACACAGAAACGUACACGUAAAAUCAAUCAUCACACACACACACACACACACACAAACAAGUAGAUUCUUUAAAGGAAGGUUAUAAAAAACACAAGGUUUGCGUAUACUAAAAAGGUGCACAAAAGUUUCAUAAAUUGACAACAGCAAAGCAAAACACAAACACAUACACAUCAGCAAAAAAAACAGGCAAACAAAUAGGCCAAUAGCAGGGUUAUUGCCGAUCGGCUUGUUAUGCGCUUGUUAAGCUAAACCGAAUGAAUUCUUCCAUGAAUGCAUGAAAGUAUAUGUUGUUGCUCUUGGUGCUGUACGUGUAUGUGUUGUAGUUUUAUCGUUGAGAUUUUAAUAAUUUCGACCGUAUCGGGCCAAACUCGCGAUCACUGCGAAACAUUCAUUAUGCACACAUUGUAACUCGAUUUCGCAAAACCAAAAAAAAACCGGCCAGAUCAAAACGGCUUUUAUCCGUGAUUUGUAUCGAAAAACAAAAAAUAUCCGCAACAUUACUGGCAGCUUAUUCGUGGCACAGUUCGCUGGCGGUGUUAUUGGGGAUAAAAUAUUUACAAUCAUCACUAUGAUGCUUGAAUAUAUUGUUUAAUGGAAAUUUUAUGUAAAAACUUAAUAAAAUAUGAUUUAAAUUCAACUUGAUUCAUUUACUUCUAUUUCUGCAUUGAGGACGAUUUUCGCAAAUUCAUCUUAAAUUUGAAAACAUAUUCUUUUUUCAAAUUUAAAUUUCGUGUAAUGCAAGGAAGUAAGCUACAAAUGUGCAGCACCAUGUGUGCUUCCCCGCGGCGACCUUGCCCGAACCGUCGAGUUUCCCGUUUACGGCCGUUUUGUUAGAUGCGAAGCGUAUAUAUUUUGUCAGAUGGGAAUGAUUGCAUACUUUUAGGCUUUACACAUUAGUAAACACACGAAGCUAGCAGAUUUCGCUGUCAAGAGGAUGAAUUGGGUAAUUUAAUUGGAAGUAUUUGUUUUUUUCUAACAAUAAUCCAAAAUUUACGUAAAGUUUAGUUUGCAAUUCAUAAAAAAGGCUUUUUUCUCUAGUUCUUCCUUUAAAAAAUCAUUUCAAAGCCGAUCGAUAGCACACACUUACAGCCCGUGCACCGAUAAGCCUACUACCGACGAACAGACAAAACAAUCGAACCUAUAUGUUAGUGAACAGUAUAUAAAAACAGGAAUGAACAUUUAAUAACAAAACAACACUCUCACUCAUUAGCAUAAAUAAAAGCGAACCGGAAGGAAACAGAACAAAGCUAUCUAAACUUCACCAACUCAUAGUUACUGUGCUGCUGUAAAAUCCAUGUAAUGAAGUAAGGAAACACAAACACACAAACAUAAAAACACACAGGAAUGCACUGUUUCGUAGGUCAUAAAGCAAGUGUUUCCUUGAUUAAAACAAUAUGUAAUUUUGAUACAGCAUACAAUAAGGAGCAAUCUACAGCUUUUUGUUGCUAUGACUCGAGCAUCACAUUGUGAUACUCAUGGAGACACUUGCUAUAUGCAUUACACAACACUGUAAUCUAAUAGUUACACAGACAUACCCCGUGAGUCUCUCUCUCUCUCUCUCUCUUUCUCUAUCUCUCUCUCUUUCUCGAAAGAGUCAGUCAUACAUAAAGAACUUGUUUCGCUACUAGGCGAUCAUUGUCAUUGUCAUUCGAAACAAGACUGUUAGCACACUUUCCAAACGCACACCGACACAAAGAAAAGAAACACAUUCAUACAUACAAACGCUCCAUGUACUUAACAUGGUUGUAAUAGUAAUAGGUUUUUUUCACCGUAGUGAGUACCAGUGCGUUUCUGAACCCGGAUCACCCACGUCAGCGCGAUGACAGGGUUUUUUACUUUAAUUUUGCUUUAGAUUUUUCCAGCGAAAAGGAAAUUGUUUUUUGAAAAUGUGUUGCCAACACUGGAUUUAUUGGGUACACAUAGGUCAUAGUGGACUAGAGGAGGCAUGUGUGUGUGAGUAUAAAACAACAGCAUAAAACAAUAGAAACUAGUAACACGAAAUCAAAGAGAGAGAGAAAGAGAAAGAGAGAGAAAGAGAGAGAGAGAAUUACAAACAACAAUAAAAAUCACAUUCGAAGAAGUUGUGUUUAACAAAAUGGCAUCAUUCUCGUGUGCACUUGGUGCAGGGUUUUGCAAGUGUAUUGUGUUGCUUAUGUGAUUUUUUUUUUUAAAUCUGUUUCGUUCCUUUUCAUUGAUUUACUUCAAGUUUGAUUACGAAUAAUUCAACAAAAGCAAAACAAAAACAGCGUUAAAACUGAUAUAGUAUAAAAUUGUAAGAAAAAGAAAAAAACGGUGUACGAAGAGAAAAAAACCUAACUGUCAAAUCACAAUAGCAGAAACAACUGUCAUGAACCAUACAGGAAUUACAAAAAAAAAACACAUUCUAAUGCCAUUACGUGCACGAUAGAGUUGAACAAAGGAUAGUAAAAUAAAGGAAAGCGACAAGAGAAUAACUGUUUACGAAAGCAACAGCACUCCUAUCAUCGAAAGAGGACAAACAAAAAAGGAUCAAAAUCACACACACAAACACAUUAUGAAAAAAGAAAAAACUCUACGAUCAUGUAAAUAGGAUGCGUAACUGUUCAAUAAAACCAAAAAGCAAGAAGUGGAAAAUACGAGCAACACAACAACACUGUUAGUUUGAGAAUUUAGCAAACCAACAAACAAUAAGGUAGUAGCAGCAGAGAAUAACAAACAAUAAGCGGCUAAUUUGCGUGUGUCCAUAUACCUAAUAAUAUAAAAUACACGAGAACGUUAUAGGUUCUUUUUCCAAAUCUGUAACAACGCACAGGAGGAACGCACAGUAACAAACACAACAGAAAAAAAACCUUACAUAAAAACAACAAAAGAAAUGUAUAAUUUUUUUAUAAGUUUAGCAAGAACUAGCUUUGAUUUAAAGAAAAAAAAAAACAUUCACCUAAACAACACAACAUAACAUAAAAUAAAAAACCCGUAGAAAAGAUAAGCAGAAAUUAAAACAGGGCCGGUAAAAAAACACGAAACAAAAAAAAAACAAAACGUCAAGAACGCACUAGCUUUUGAACAGUGAAUAUGGUAAAACUAUAGCUCAAAGUUCCGUAAAAAGAAGAAAAACAAAUGUUAAAAAUGCAAAACAAAACGACUUGUGUGUAUGUGUGUGUACAGGCAUGAGCCGAAUGGAAAGAAGAAAAUACAACCAUGCUAAAAAAGGAAGAAAAAGAAAAAGAAAGAGAAAUAAAAAUCGCCGAUUCGCUCGCACACUAACUGACUGACUCAAAUGGAAAUGAAUUACCGAAUCUAACUCCGUGACGGCUCCGCGUAUCUUGCACAUACAACAUUUGUAAAACUUAAAAAAAUAAAAAUGUCACAACACAAACCACCAAAACGUGUUUUAUGUUUAUCAUAUCAUCAUGAAGCAGAGAGAGAGCGAGAGAGAGAGAGAGAGAGAGAGAGAGAGAGAGGAGAGAAAGCAAUGCAAGAAGAAGUAAAGAAAACACAAUUUACAAACAUUUCAUCUCAAAUAUACUUACAAAAGGGAAAACCUGCUCCCUUGCCCCCCAUCAUCCCCUCUCACACACCCUUCUUACACCGUAUGGAAAACAGCACAGAACAGGAAAAACAUAAACGAGGAAAGGAAAACCCAAAAACGAAAAAAACUGAUGUGCGUUUCAUACAUAAGUUUGAUGAAAUGAAAGAUGAAACAAAACUAACAGAAAGGCAAAAAUUAAAACGGUAAGGUAAAAAAAUCUAAUGCAAACAACAGAACAGGAAAGAAAGAAAAAAACACAAACACACAUUGGACAUAAAAUAAAAUCUCACAUCUCACAUGAUACUGCCGAUUUUUGGAUGAACGAAAAAAAAAGUAAAUAAAAAAGCAGCUACAAGCUCACACACAGACACACCCACUAAUACACCCGCGUAAAGAAGAAGAAAAAACCAAAUGGUGCAAAUUGGAUGUCCCUAUCAUUUGUUACAUUACUCCACUAUGUGUGUCAUAUUAUCUCCAAACAUAAGUUAAACGUGGUGAGUUCAUUCAAACAGCAAGGUGAAAAACAAAUGUGGUUAUUGAGGAAUCUGUAAAGGAAAGCUCAUAUAAUUCGGCAACACAAAACAGAACGAAAAAUACUAUGACACAAACAUAACAUAAACAAACCAACCAAAAAAGAGAACAAGGGAGAAGGGAGAGAAAAAUACAGCAACACACAACAUAUAUAAACGAAUUAAUGAGAAGAUAAGUACACUGAACGUGCUGUACUAGAGAAAACAUUUACAAUUAACAACAACCCUCCCCCCCCAACACACACACACACGAACUCACACACAUACACGCACAAAACAUGAUUCGAACCAAGUAUAUCGCGAGCAUUUUGCGAAGGAUUCAAAACUGAAGAAGAAACCAAAAAGAGAAAAAAAAGAGAAAACCGACACACAUACACGUGCAUGCAUUCAGCUCAGAACAAAACAGAAACAUAUGAUUCACAAAUCUAUCAUCCUCUAGACAUUGUAAAACAAAACAAGAGAUCAAAAACAAAAGCAUGCAAAGCACAAAACAUCAAGCAUGGAGCGUUUGCGAAUCGUAAAGCUCUCGGUAACAACAUUAAAAAUUUAAACAAGUAAAAGAAGAUACACACACACACACACCUACAAGCACUCACAAAAACAUAUACACAUAUAGGAUUAAACAAUACACAUGCAAAAAAUGGCAAAAAAGAAGCUAAUGAGAGCAUGGGAAACCACGUGCGAGAAAAAAGCGAACAAGAGAGAAAGGGAGAGAAAGAGAGAGAAAAGAAGUUAGUGCAAUGUGUCGUCAGGACACAGGACAAAGUGAACUUUGUGUUAAUUUUUAUAAUUGAAAAAUAAAAUUACAGUUAUUGAAGAAAAAUUGUAACAAAAAAAAA